CUCUGCCAAUGUGGAGGCGGAGGGAGGAGGGCCCAAAGACAUGUCCCUUCACGCUCGCAACAGCUGAAAACAGAGAAGGAAACUUGCUAGAGCCUUUCUCAGCAGCGCAGGAAGCCUCCCUGCCCAUCUCUCACCCCAGAAGCCCUCCCGUACUCCACUACUCUGGGGGGGUGGCUGUCCCACACCCGUCGGGCGAUGAACAUCGCAAGGAGAAGAGGCUUUUACAGACAGGAGGUGAACAACACGCUCUGGGAGCUGCCCAGGAGAUACGCAGCCCUGCACCCGCUGGGCUCCGGGGCCUACGGCUCCGUCUGUUCAGCCAUAGACAAGAAGACGGGUGAGAAAGUGGCCAUCAAGAAGCUGUGCCGCCCAUUCCAGUCAGAGAUCUUUGCCAAGAGAGCCUACAGAGAGCUGAUGCUGUUGAAGCACAUGCAGCAUGAGAAUGUCAUUGGGCUGCUUGAUGUCUUCACCUCCACUGCCUCCUACCAGGGGUUCCAGGACUUCUACCUGGUGAUGCCAUACAUGCGGACAGAUUUACAAAAGAUCAUGGGACAUGAAUUCAGUGACGAAAAGAUCCAGUACCUGGUCUACCAAAUGCUGAAAGGGCUGAAGUAUAUUCAUUCAGCUGGCAUCGUCCACAGGGACCUGAAGCCAAGUAACCUGGCUGUGAAUGAAGACUGCCAGCUGAAGAUCCUGGAUUUUGGCUUGGCCAGACAGGCUGAUGCUGAGAUGACUGGCUACGUGGUCACACGGUGGUACAGAGCCCCAGAAGUCAUCCUGAACUGGAUGCAUUACAACCAGACAGUGGAUAUCUGGUCUAUUGGCUGUAUCAUGGCAGAAAUGCUGACUGGGAAAACACUCUUUAAAGGAAAAGACUACCUGGAUCAGCUGACCCAGAUCCUGAAAGUAACAGGGCAUCCAGGAGAGGACUUCUUGGAGAAGCUGGAGGACAAAGCGGCGAAGAGUUACAUCAAGUCCCUUCCUAAAAUCCCCAAGAAGGAUUUGUCUGUGCUUUUCCCUAAAGCAAAUCCUCAGGCUGUGGACCUGCUGGACAAGAUGUUGCAGCUGGAUGUGGAAAAGCGCCUCACAGCAACAGAGGCCUUGGCUCACCCCUACUUCGACCAGUUCCGAGACAUCGAGGAGGAGACAGAGGCACAACACUCCUAUGAUGAUUCUCUGGAACAUGAAAAGCUUUCAAUAGAGGAGUGGAAAAAGCACAUUUACAAGGAGAUCCUGACCUUCAGCCCCAUUGCACGGAAGGAUUCAAAGAAGAGAAGUGGGAUGUCAUUAUAGCGACAGUGCAGCUGUGGCUGGGACUCAGUUCUCCUUGAUGACAUCAAAUUCACUCCACACUGCACUGCUGGUGGCCAACUUUUGGCCUGUGGGACCUCUCUCCAUGUGCCAACACAAGGAUGACACCAUGCUGUGGGCAUUGGACUUUGUUCUACUAAACGGGAAGCACCCCAGACACUUUUCAACAUAAAAGACAAAUAUAUUCUUGUUGAAACUUUUAA